AUGGAUUCAUCAGUUCCAGAACCGAGACAGCCCGUCGCAUCCGACGGAGACACUAUCGCUGCCGUGCGGGACCUGACAGACUCCAUCAAAGCUCUGAGCAAAUUGAUUGAUCAGGAGAACGACAGACGCGAGCCGAGCAGAUUGAUGUCACCAGAGGAGAUAGAUGCCGAGAACGAGGCCUAUAUGGCAAAAUACACGGACCUCUGGAAGAAGCACGAAUCCACCCCUGCCGAGAGACAAACCAUGCAGAAUGCGUACGAAGCGGCGUUCGAUCGGUUUCCGACCAUCUACCGCACGCUCGGAUGGCAUGGAAACGAUGAUAUCCUGUUCGAUGCAAAAGUCCUCUCCCGCUAUCGUGACACCCUCCUGGAGGGGCUCUUCGCCAUCGAGCCGUACAGAAUGAACCGUAUAUUUGGUCCGCUGGACCGCUCGAAAGCAGCAUUCGAAUACUCGCGACUGCCUCGCCUGCUUUCAAUUCUUAUACGCAUAGAAGCUCGACGGAACGAUGCCCUCGAAUGCAGAGAUGGCGUAUGUGUUGACUGUCGCUACUUUGACGCCGACCAAACGCUCCGGGUAUUGAUCGAAGUCGGGCGGGCACUGCGACUUUCCAGACUCGACGGUCCCAAUGAAAUGACCCUCCAAGAACUCUUGGAUCGAUGCUAUGCUCGGCGUUUACUAUCGCAGCCUGCCGUCGACGAGCCCGAGAUCCUCUGGUACCAAUUUCAUCUUGUAUACGAUUGCCUGACGGCGGUGGAAUUUGAGUCCCAGUUCCGCGAGAUUCGAGACCCGUUGACUCUGACGUUCUACCUCAGACACAAAGACAAGCCAGUCUACAAAGUCUUCGAAAUGGUCAAGUCUCAUCGCAGCGUGAUGACUGGCAUCGAGCCGGGGGGACUGAGUAUCGAAUGGACAGAUUGCCUGGAUGAUCAUCUUAGAAUCUUCGCCGGGCGGAAUGCAAUCAGGAUUUUCGCUCAUCCUACUUUCUUCUACAAUGGCCGGGGUCUUCAGAAUAAGGAUUAUCACGAGCCUAUUUAUAUUGAACUGUCCCAAACAUACGCUCUAUUGUUCCGACCUUCGUCGAAUGGAGGCCUGAGGCAGUUGAGAAAGGUAAACAAAUCCGAAGAAGUUACUUGGCUGGGUAGGAGGAUUGAAGUCAGCGAGCGAUUCCGUUCUCAGACAAAGUUACCUGGAACUCUCGAGAUCGAUAUGACAAGGCCCUCAGUCAAACGCAUAAUGGAGAAUUUUCAUCGCUGCUCUCUGCCAUCCACGGUACAAGCGGCCUUUGACAUUGAUAAUCCACCCACAAGCAUCAAAGGUGUUAGCUCUUUUGACCAAUAUAAGAUCACUGUCACUCCCAUGCGAGAAAUUCACUCUCACGCCCCAUAUCACCCAGAAGACAUCAGAUUCAUGAUCACUUCUAUCUUCCAGCAUGAUCACUACGAGUACUUCGGCCCUCGCUUGCGAAAACUCAAAACGUAUCUCGACACACAACAACCAAAAACAAUGAAGCAAUUGUGGGUUGAUCGGCGAGAUGCUAGAAUGUGGUGGACCUUCUGGGGUAGCGCAUUCUUCCUUUUUAUGUUUCUGGUGCUUUGCGCAAUAAGCGCGGCCUUCCAAGCAGCAAUAGCUCAACGGCAUGACUAG